AUGAACACCAAGAUUGUAGUAUUCAUCUGCGCGGUAGGCGUCGCCUCCGCAAGCAUAGCGCCAUUACCAGUAGCCCGUGUGGACCCCUUGCCCCAAUAUUCAUUCGGCUACGACGUCCAGGACGCACUCACAGGCGACUACAAAGGCCACCAGGAACACAGGAACGGAGACCUCGUCACUGGCUCCUACACGGUCGUUGACCCCGAUGGUACCAAAAGGAUUGUGGAUUAUGCGGCCGAUCCUCUAAACGGUUUCAACGCUGUGGUCCGUCGCGAGCCUUUAGUAGUUGCUGCCAAAGUGGUCGCUCCUGCGCCGGUCGUAGCACCCGCUCCUGUGUUCGCCCCCGCCCCAGCUCCUAUCAUCGCCCGGGCCCCAGUUCCUGCUCCUCUAUUUGCGCCAGCGCCAGCUCCGCUCGUUGCUCGCGCUCCAGUCUUUGCUCCAGCACCAGCUGUUGCUUCCGCACCGCUUGUAGCUCCUUACAAUCCAGUUUACCCAGCCCCCAUUGCGAGAGCACCCCUCUACGCCCCAGCACCUGCACCUCUAUAUGCACCCAGGUUUGUCGUAUUCAGCUGUUUGGUGGCGGCCGCCAGCGCUGGUCUUUUGCCAGCUGCCCCAGUAGCUUACUCAUCCCCUCUGGCCUAUAGCCACGCCCCCGUCGCCUACGCGGCACCCCUUGCCAAAGUAGUGGCUCCAGUUGAAGAAUACGACGCUCACCCCAAAUACAGCUUCGCCUACGAUGUACAAGACGGACAUUCCGGUGACUCCAAGAGCCAACACGAAACUCGCGACGGUGAUGUCGUACAGGGCUCCUACUCCGUCGUUGACCCAGACGGCCAUAAGCGCACCGUUGAAUAUACCGCAGACCCCCACAACGGCUUCAACGCUGUCGUCCACAGAGAGCCAGUAGCUGUUGCCCCUGUUGUCGCUAAGGUCGCCGCCCCUGUCCAAUACCACGCUGCCCCCGUCCAGUACCACGCUGCCCCAGUUCAAUACCACGCUGCCCCAGUCGCUUACGCUGCUGCCCCAGUCGUCCACUCCGCCCCUCUUUACCACCACUAA